AAAAGACCUCUGCAGUUACAGAGAAUUCACAGCGUCCUAAAACUGAGUUUCUAUGUUGAUCAUUAUGUACACCAGCUGCAUUUGGUUCCUCCUUUUGAUCACUGGAACUGGAAUUGAUGCUAGCCCUUGUACGAAAGUAAUUAAAAACGUAGAACCUUACGAGGUCGUAGAGUGCACAAGUCGCAUUUGGGGAAAAUGUACUCACUAUGCUACUUUAUGGCGAUAUCGCGUGUCCUAUAGACGGACAUGUUGUGCCGGAUAUGGAGGUUAUAACUGUCAACCUAUAUGCAGCAGAUCCUGUCAUUGGCGUGGUAGUUGUGUUGCUCCUAACGUCUGCCGCUGUAGGAGUGGGUAUACUGGAAGUUCCUGUCAAACACCUGUCUGUAAUCCUGGCUGUCAGUUUGGGUCCUGUACAAGUCCUGGCGUUUGUUCUUGCUACCAUGGGUACACUGGUAGUCGUUGCCAGACACGUAAAUAUUUUUUAAG